CAUACGAACGCAUCACACAUUUACCUCUCACAAAGAGUCACACUGAUUUCCACAUUUUCCUUUUUUGCACUGGUGUGCAAAUGGACACAAGAUGCUUUCCCAUCAAAUACACUUGACAUGUAAAUCCUCCACCAGCAGGUGUUUCUGCCCGCAUCCCCGCAUCCAGGUGACAGAAACACCUGCUGGUGGAGGACGCACCACUUCACACAGCACUUUUUAGGUUAAGGACCCGGCCGUCCAAGCACGUCCCACCCCCACUUGCUUUUGAAGCGCAACACUAAUAACCAAGUCAGUAUUGCCAGGCACCUCGGUCUCUGGUACUCUUAUUUUUAGUGAGAUCCCCUUACUUUAGCAUCGGAUAUGAUCUGGAGACUUGUGGUCCUCGGUGGGGUGUGCGUCCUUCUUCUGGGUGCUGAAGGCAGCAGCCGCGGGGGGAGGACGGUGACUUUCCACCGGCCUCAGCAGGAUGAGAGCCAGGGCCAAGCGCGCGCACGACCCAGGAGGGAUAUGAGCAGCUCCUCCGGCACCCCAAGGCCUUUUCACGGUCCUCCCUUCACCUCCUGCCGGACCCCCCUCACCCCCGUCGAGCACAAGGUUCUGGAUGACAAUACGUAUGAGACAGGGUUUAACGGUGAUGAUGGCUCCCAUGUAAUUCUCACAUGGGUGGGCGAUGGUACAGGGGUUGUCCUGGUGCUGUCAACAUUUAGUGCUCCAAUAGAUACUUUCCUAGAAGGCGGCUCCUCAAGACUUUAUCGAAGCACGGAUUAUGCAAAAUCCUUCCAUGACAUUUCCCAUCGGAUCAACAACACCUUCAUAAGGGAGGAGUUUGGAGUCAGUGUUGGACCAGGGAGUUCUGUGAUACUGACAGCAGACGUACCGGUGGUGAACAACCCAGGCGGGGUCAUCUUCACCUCCACGGAUGCCGGUGCAACCUUUAAGUACAUCCAACUGCCCUUCCACCUGGCCCAGCCAAUCACGUACCACUUCCUCAACCCUGACUACCUUGUGGCCCUCAGCAUUGAUGGCAGUCUGUGGCUCUCCCUGGACUUUGGCGCUAAGUGGACAAAAGUUCACGAUGGAGUGCAUUCUUUCUCAUGGGGGGCCGGCAUUAAUUUGUUUUUUAGCUACAGUCGAACAGACACAGUUUAUGCAGAUGAGAGGGGGGAUUUAGUGCUGAAGAGGACAAAGGAUCUGGGGCAGACCUUCACAACAAUCCACGAGGACAUCUACAGUUUUGGCUACAUCGGUGCCUUUCUCUUCUUCUCUGUGAUGGAAGAUUCGAGAUCCCCUCGUGUCAUGUAUUUUUCAUCGGACCAAGGAGAGACCUUCAGCCGGCUGCUCCCCUCCGCCUCCACCGAGCAGUUCUACUCCAUCCUGGAUGGAGAUGAAGAUAUGCUUUUCAUGCAUGUGGACAACCCAGGAGACACCUUCUUUGGAACCAUGUACACAUCAGAUGACCGCGGCAUCCUGUUCUCCAAAUCACUGGAGCGCCACCUGUUUGACGGGCAGAGGAAGAGCGAUUUCACCAACAUAACAUCACUGAGAGGAGUCUACCUCACUAAUAAACUAGACAAGGAUGGCCGUAUAAGAUCCGUCAUUUCCUUUAAUAGAGGUGGGGCGUGGAGGCAACUUAACAAACCUGACAAUGUGGAAUGUGGCGAGCAAGUGAAGAAUUGCAACCUUCAUAUUCAUGGAGAACACAGUCGCAAAAACAGCAUCAUUCCCAUGCUGGCUCUGUCUGAGCCAACUGCAAUUGGUCUGGUUAUCGCUCAUGGUACUGUGGGUGACUCUCUGUCAUCGUCGCAGCACCCAGAUGUGUUUGUCUCCUCGGACGGAGGUUAUAACUGGAGGGGGACACUGAGGGGUCCUCACCACUACAGCAUAUUGGACUCUGGGGGUCUCAUUGUGGCUGUGGAGGCCCAGCAUGAAGGACAAGUCAAGACUAUCAAGUUCUCUACAGAUGAAGGCCAGUGCUGGAAGUCCUACAACUUCACCCUGCAGCCUUUCUUCUUUGCAGGCCUGGCAUCCGAACCGGGGACCAAGGCCAUGAACGUUAGCGUGUGGGGCUUCCGGCCUGAGGAGGACGGCCAGCCCAUGUGGGUGGCCGUCACCAUUGAUUUCCAGAGCCUCAUUACAAGAGAGUGUAAUGACCAGGACUAUGAAGAGUGGUUGGCCCAUGCUACAGUUGGAGGGGACUUGGAGAGAGAGGGCUGUCUCUUGGGUGUCAGAGAGACAUACAGGAGGCUAAAGAAACAAUCUUUGUGCAGAAACGGGCGAGGCUUUGUGGUGAGCAAGAAGCAAAGCCCCUGCCUGUGCACCAGAGAAGAUUACUUAUGCGACUACGGUUACUAUCGCCAUGUGAACACCUCCGAGUGUGUGAGACAACCCAGCGCUGCAAAUAAAACCUUGGAGCUCUGUCUGAAUGGAGAGGAGGAUGAGCUGCUGACAGCCGGGUACCGUAAGAUCCCGAGCGAUCGGUGUGAGGGGGGAUUCAGCCCUCAGCUCGCAGUGCAGACAGUCAUCAACCCCUGUGGUGUUAAAACCAGCCCUGGCCCACCUGCCAGAUCCUCGUCUCCAGUCACACACUUUGACACACCGCGAGAGAGGCUGGUGUUGAUCCUGGUGUGUGCAGGAGCAGGAGUCAUUGUCCUGAUAGCGAUUGUUUCAGCCGUCUUUGCUGUCAAGAGGGUGGUAUACAGAAACAGGGCACCCGUGUAUCGUUUCUCAAACCUCCAGAUUCUGGAUGAAACUAAUGGCAUCCCAGCUGAUCUUGAAAGCGCCACCAGCAGCAAUGGCACGGCCUGCCUGCAGGACUCAGAUGAUGAUCUUAUUAAGUGACACAUGACUCAUUUCUGUGGCUAUAAUGAGUAUUCAAGAUUGAGACCAGUUGUGCUGAAAAAGACUGCCAAAGGCAUUUUGAUGAACUUAUUCUUGAUAUUUUGAUGGGAGCACCCUUUGUGGCAAGUUUUGAGUAUCUGAAAAGCUUGAGAAAAUCUUAAUUUAUUGAGCGUGCUUAAUUUCAUUGCUUCACUUUGCUCGAUUGCUCUUUGAUUUGUAUAGUUUUUUUUUUACUCUGUGUUGCAUCACCUUUGUACUUGAUCAUCUGAUCAAUCAAUUCAUUAAAAAGAGUGCUGACAGGGCCAUUGCUAGAGGGGACUGUGAGGUGCCAUAUAGACGCACCACAUUUGGACAAACUUUGCUGUCAGUAAAGGGAAAUAAAUAUUGGAAUAUCCCAUCACGUGCAAUAAGGGAGUGCCCUACAUAUUCCACGUUUAAGACUCAUUUUAAAUAAUGGCUUAAAGCAAACCAGAACUGUGAUCACUUUUAACUUCACAUGUUGCAUAAUGUCUGUUGUCCUCUACUAUUUGUGUAUUGUAUACCUGCAUCUAUAUAUUGUUGCUUGUAAUGUUCUGAUUUUGUUACCCGUUUACGGACUAUGGAUGUAAAUUAGCAUUCUUGCUAACUCCGGCAAGUUUAGGCCUACAUCUUGUAUUUUAUACUGAUGUUCAUUAACAACGAUCAAAUAAGAAAAAAAGAAAAGAGAAUUUUUUUUUUUUUUUAAAUAAUGUGAAAACAGGCAAACAAUAAAAAACAAACAAAUAUAAUAGGGUAUAUGGUAUAUAUGUAUAAUAAACAUCUCUAACUAACUGUCCAUGAGAGGACACUGGGGGCGCUGUAACGUCUUCCAUCUGUUUCGAAGUGAACAGAAAAGAAGAAAAAGGAGCAAGUCGGUGUAACGGAAACAAAGAUCAGACAUUAACAGGAUGUCUCACUCGUAUAAAACCUGCCCACUCUUGCAGAGUGAAAGAAAAAUGCAGAGAGAUGGCUUAUAAACUAGGCCUAGGCUACAUGCAAUAUUUGGCCACGAGACCACUAUUUAUUCCAUUCUUAUAUCAAAACCGUGAUUUUCAAAAGACCAAGUAGAAGUAAAACUAUUGCUAAACGUAGGCCUAAUGUUAGUGAUUACCAUAACACAACCAGGCUAUGUAUUAUGGUAAUCGCUAACAUUACCUACUGUUGAAUUUGCAGGACUUGAUCUUGAUUUCCCAUGUUGGUGUGUUGCAAUUUGCAAUUAUCAAAUCUCACAUGCUAAUUUAAAGUGUAGAUCAAAUACUUUUUUAUGUGCUUUAAACAUAAAGGGACCAUUGCUAAAUACCAAAUAAGUAUAACCAUAUCCCCCUAUGCAGAGAAAUAGGCUACACUUUAAAAUUCUAAAUAUAUAAGCCUAUCAAUUCAAAAGAUACUAAAUAAAACGAAAUUUCACCAUAUGUAUUUGUCAAGAAAAUGUCAUGUUUUUAUAAUUGGCUUCUUCAUUCAGAAUAAUGUUGGGGGUGUGAGCCCUGUUACAUACUUCCCCUCAUAUCUUAGACUCUCUUUCUCGGGCCCCCUCUUUUCUCCAGCACAGGGAGUGUUAUCUUCACACAACACCCGCCAGGGUCGAGGCCUGUGCUGUGUCUCGUCUUCAUUUGCUCUCACGCGAAGCGGUACAUUCUGCUCCUGUUUCACUUGUUAUUAUUACUCAAUGUAUUUUGCUCGAGGCCACUGUGACCCUAACCAUCUUAUAUUUAUGGAUUAAGCUAAAUAAGCAUAUACAAAAACACACUUGGUCUCUUAUGGAAACCUUUUACAUUCUUAUUAUAUGUAUCUGCAAAUAUUAAGAAAAUUAUUCUACAAUAAAUACAUCAAAAAUAUCCAACAUGGAUUUAUUGUGGAGAACAAAGAGAGUAAUAAUGUUAUUGGUAACAUAUUAUGCAAAUGCAAUAACAAAUACAAAACUACAACACUAACUUUAAAAAAAAAUAAUGAAAUAACCUCUAAUCUCUUUAGACUCGUACAUGUGUUGUUUUAGUUUAUUUUUGCUCUAUUAUAAUUGUAUUAAUGAUGUGGUCAUUGUGAACUUGAUAUUUCAUAGAUUAGCUUUUUAA